UGAGAACUACACUUGACGAUUGCGUAUUUUGUAAACAUUCUUCCCGCGACUUUUCCCCAAAUUCUCCUGGCAAAUUAAUUGCAUUUUUCCAAUGUCAGAAUGAGUGAGAAACUUAUACAGAACAUUGCGCACAAGCUGGGCUAUCGACAUAACACACAAAUCAUUCAGAAAAUCACAGAAAACUCCCGAUUGCUGCAUUUGAAGCAGAAUGCUGUAAUGUCAGGACUUGGGGAGAUGGCUAAGCUGGUCAUCUGUACAGAUUUAGCAGCCUCGACCAUCGGAUUGUCCUUCGACAUGGAAACAGCCCUGAAAGUAUCCGGAAUGAGGAAGGCACAGUACGCCAACUACAGGAGAAUCAUCCAGAAACUCAUCGGAAACAGUAAGAGUGUGAAAAUUCCCGAUCUUUGCCUGCAAUUGGGUCUGCCUAGACACGUUCAGGAGGCUGCAAUUCAGCAGCUUCCCAAGUACCUCGGCUACAUGACAAGAGUCAACAGAGGACUGGAUGAGAAGCAUCCGCAGUACGCUGUUAUUGUGCUGUACGGAAUCGCUCGUCAGAACAAGGUGAGAGUGUCGAAAAGUGCAUUUGCGAAUGUCUGCAAUCUCAAGACUGAUCAGUGGAAGAUCCUCGAAGAGUCCUGGGGGAAAUUCAACAAGGAGUCUCAGGAGGAAGUGAAGCAGAAAAAGGGGGAAGAUGAUGUUGAGAUGGUGGUUGAAGAGUGUAAGACGGAAGCGACAACAGAUGAAGCUGAGGACUAUGAAGUGUGGAAGCAGAGAAUUCUGGCCAAAGCUUAUGAGGAUUUGAAGAGGAGGAAGUAAAGAGAAAUCACAGUCACACGCAGUUUAUUUACAA